CUAUCCAAAGAUGAUGAAUGUGUACAGAAAAUUUCUGCUUUUUAAAAAAAUUCCAACUUUGUUUUUGUCAUUCUGCUGUUCCUCCCUCCAAAUGAGAAAGUAGAGGGGAGAAAAUUGGGAGAUAUUUGUAUUUUGUAUAUCGCUUGGAAAACUUUUCAGUUCUGUUCUUCUCUCUCUCAAAUGUAUUGAAUAGGAAAAAAUAGAUGGGAUGGGGAAAUGACAAGUUGGGAAAGUUUUGGGUUUUGCACCAUUAAUACGAUAUAAUUACCGAUGCCACAAGAAUUCCUCCAAUCAAUGCAAACCCAUCUCAUAAAAAUACGUUUCUGUGUCAGAAUCACAAAACGAGACGCUUCUGCAGAAAAAUAGAGGAAGUCCAUAGCCAUGGCACCCGCCGGCUCCUCCAAUGGCGACGAGGAGUCCAUUGUCACUUCCCUGCUCGCUCCUCAGAAGCCACUUGCUAAUUCUUCCUCACAGGUCGCCAUUGUUGGUGCUAAUGUCUGCCCCAUUGAGAGCCUUGAUUACGAGAUUUUUGAUAACGAGUUCUUUAUGCAAGAUUGGAGAAGUCGCGGGGAUUUCCAGAUAUUUCAAUACUUGGUUGUGAAGUGGCUGUCAUGCUUCUUGAUUGGUCUAAUUAUGGGACUUGUUGGUUUUUUCAACAACCUGGCGGUGGAGAAUAUUGCAGGGAAGAAGUUUGUGGUCACUUCAAAUAUGAUGCUUGAGGGGAGGUAUUGGACGGCUUUUCUUGUUUUCUCUUUUUCCAAUUUAGUUCUCACCCUGUUCGCAUCUGUCAUUACGGCAUUCAUCUGCCCCCAAGCAGCCGGCUCAGGUAUACCAGAAGUAAAGGCUUAUUUGAACGGCGUGGACGCCCCUGGGAUAUUAUCGCCCCGGACGCUGUUGGUGAAGAUUAUUGGCAGCAUUUCUAUUGUGUCGUCAUCUUUGAUCGUUGGAAAAGCUGGACCUAUGGUACACACAGGGGCAUGUGUUGCAUCCUUGGUAGGUCAGGGUGGUUUCAAAGUAUUUGGUUUAACAUGGAGAUGGCUACACCAUCUCAAGAAUGAUCGAGAUCGGCGGGAUCUUGUAACAUGUGGAGCUGCUGCUGGAAUAGCUGCUGCUUUUCGUGCUCCUGUUGGUGGUGUGCUGUUUGCUUUUGAAGAGAUGGCAUCUUGGUGGAGAAGUGCCCUUCUGUGGCGAUCGUUUUUCACAACGGCUAUAGUCGCUGUGAUAUUACGUACUCUGAUUGAUUUUUGUUUGAAUGGCUUAUGUGGAUUAUUUGGUAAAGGGGGGCUUAUAAUAUUUGAUACCUACUCAGACUUUCCUGCAUAUCACCUUGGUGAUCUACCUCCUGUGCUUGCCCUUGCUUUUCUUGGGGGCAUACUUGGAAGCUUAUAUAAUUUUCUUUUGAACAAAGUUCUUCGAGUUUACAAUCUCAUACACGAGAGAGGCAUUGUUUACAAAAUUCUUUUGGCUUGCUCUGUCUCAAUUUUCACAUCCUGUCUUCUCUUUGGAUUACCGUGGUCCGCAUCAUGCCAACCGUGCCCAUCGAGUGCUCGAGAAAUUUGUCCUACGAUAGGCCGAUCUGGAAACUUCAAGAAGUUUCAGUGUUCUCCCAGUCACUACAAUGAUCUUGCAAGUCUCAUAUUCAACACCAAUGAUGAUGCCAUAAAAAAUCUCUUUAGCAAAGACACAGACUCUGAGUUUCAAUUCUCAUCAAUGCUCACAUUUUUCAUUACCUGCUUUUCCUUGAGCAUUCUCAGUUAUGGAAUAGUUGCUCCUGCUGGUCUUUUUGUCCCUGUUAUUGUGACUGGAGCUUCUUAUGGACGUUUCGUUGGAAUGGUUGUCGGCCGAUACACAAACCUCAGUCAUGGCUUCUUCGCCAUCUUGGGUGCCGCUUCAUUUCUCGGGGGGUCGAUGAGGACAACAGUUUCUCUCUGUGUUAUUAUGCUUGAAUUGACCAAUAAUUUGUUGUUGCUGCCUUUGGUAAUGCUGGUUCUCCUUGUUUCCAAGACUGUAGCUGAUGCUUUCAACAGUAAUAUAUAUAACUCGAUCAUGAAAGCAAAAGGAUUUCCUUAUCUAGAAGGCCAUGUUGAGCCAUACAUGAGGCAGUUGACUGUCGCCGAUGUGUUAACGAGUCCACUACAACUAUUACAUGGCAUUGAGAAGGUUCGUAAUGUGGUAAGUGUUCUCAAAUGGACGAGCCAUCACGGAUUCCCUGUCAUUGACGAGCCUCCUUUCUCUGAAUUCCCUAUUUUAUAUGGCCUAAUUCUUAGAGCUCAUCUUAUUAUGUUGUUAAAGAAGAAAGCUUUCUUUUCUGCUCCUGCACCAGCACAAGAACGCGAUGAUGCCUUUAAGCUAUUCUCAGUUGACGAUUUUGCAAAGAUGGAUUCGGGUGACGUUGCUAGGAUAGAAGAUGUACAAUUGACUGAUGAGGAGAUGGAGAUGUUCAUUGAUCUACAUCCCUUCACCAACACUUCACCUUGUACCGUUCUAGAGACAAUGUCAUUAGCAAAGGCUCUUGAAAUUUUUCGGGAAACUGGUUUAAGACAUAUGCUAGUGAUACCUAAGAUCCCCGGAAGAUCACCCGUGGUUGGCGUAUUGACUCGGCACGACUUCAUGCCAGAUUACAUUCUAAGUCUGCAUCCAUUGUUGGAGAAGAGCAGAUGGAAAAGGUUGAGAAUCAAAUUCUGCCUGAAGAGAAAAUUCUUCUAGCGCAGCAGAAUCGGAAAUAGCUCUAACUCAGGAAAUGCUCUAACACAAGGAUUGAUGCUUGGCUCGAAAAAGCAAGUGAUGAACAACCACUAGCUUAGAAACGAUCAGAACAUCUAAUCAUAUGUUUGGAGCUAACCUGAACAGAGUUAAUCAGGCAUAUAUUCUCGAUAAAAAUAUCCAAAGUUUGAAUUUCCACCGUAGAUAUUCGAACUCAAAAAAAUAAAAUAUUCUUUAUUUUUGACAUGA